CUUCAUAUUCCAGAUCAUAGUAUUGGUAACAAAGCGGGGGAUUUGGACACUAAUGGAGGAAGAAAAGAGGAGAAUGUUGGUGGUGGGAAGAAGGAACCACAAGGAGAGAGUGAACAGAAUAAAGGAAGACAGAGGCAUAGGAAGAAAAGAAAGAAAACAAAGAAUGACCACUCCACCACAAACAAUGUACAGCAUCAGAAAAGUACACUUUUACAGAAACUACUAGCCAGAGAGAUAAGACAUGAGAGGAAUGUCCUACUUCAGUGCAUCAGAUAUCUCGUGAAGAAACAACUUGUCAAAAGACAAAACAAAGACACUCAAAUUAAAACAAUGAACAGUCAAAAUAUAAUUGAUGAUGAAAUAUGGGAAAAUAAUAAACUGUGA